AUGCCAUCCAUCACCCUCCAUCCGCGCGCGUCGCGAUCUCCCUCACGCGUCUCCAACCCUCUCCCCCAGCUCCUCCAAACGCCCUCCGGCCUGGCGCUCCUGGAACUUCAAGGCACGAUCAACAUCCCAUCCCACGAUGAUCCCUCCCACUCCGCCGAAUCUCCCGACGGGGCGUCCGUGUUCGAGACCCCGAUCGGCAAGCUCAUGUUCCCGGACUACUCGCCGCAGAAUCCCGCGGACGACGCGGCCUGGAUGAAGCGGGUCUACCUGUACGUCGGACGCUACCAACGCAUAACAGGCGAGGUGAAGAAGCUGCCGAAGCCGCUGGCUCUCGUGCAGCGGAGGCCGGCGCCGGCGGCGGGUUCCGCGCGGGGGGGCGAUAGUGACGAGUUGGAGGUGGUCGAGGUGGUGCGAUACAAGAUUUACUUCAAGAACCGACCGGAGCCGGUCAAUGACCUCUAA